AUGGAGCUGCGGCCCGGCGCCCUCCUGCCCGGCGUGAUCAUGGCGCGGCUCGCGGUCGAGGAGGAGGAGGAGGAGGAGGAGGAUGAGGAGGGGGCCGCCACCGCCUAUGCCCGGCAGUGGACGCACGCGGAGCUGAGCCAGCGGUGCCCCGAUAUGAAUGGAGAGCCCUGCUGGUAUUGGGGGGAUGAUUACUCCUGGUAUGAGAACUGGGAAGACUGCAGCGAGGAAGCAGAAGAGGAGGAGGAUGACAACAAUGACAAGGAAGUUCAAAAUACCAGUCAUACCACAUUCUGCGGCUUUCGGAGAUCCUUUCUUUGUCAGCCUUCUGCACUGCUCCCCCCUCAAAGCAGCAGCCAGGACUUUGCACUACUGGACCUUGCUCUGCCCCAGAAACAGCAACUCACAGCUGAGGAGGCUGAGCGGAAUGCAGAACUGCUGGUUGCUGAGGAGGAACGCCUCAAGAAGAAGGCUGAGAAGAAAAGAGUGAAGAAGAAGAGGCAGAAGGAUCGGAAGAGGCAGGAGAGGCGUAACCUGGAGUUAAAGGCAAAGGGCGAGGCGAGUAAGUCUUCAGAUGGGCAAGACGAGGGCACUUUGGCGGCUGUUCCAAGCAUGUUGGAGGAGGGUCCCCCUGAUUCGGACGGGGCUUCCACUGAGGCCUCCCCAGGCAGGAGCUGCAGCAGGAGUAUGGAGGAGGAGGAGGAGGAGGAGGAAGCUGAGGAGGAGCUGGAUUUGUCCAGCACGUUUGUCUCCAAAGCUCGCCUCAAGGUGGGCACCCAGCCCCCACUUCCGAGAAAGGAGAAGGGAGGCAGGCUCUCCAGGGGGAGGAAGGCAGAGACAGAGCAGAAGCCAGAGCUUCAGAGGCCUGAACUCCAGCCGACUCCUGUGGCGCAGAGCAUGGUGCUGGCAGAUUGUGGGAAUGAAACUGCAAAGCAGGGGCGCUAUCACGAGGCUGUGCUGCUGUUUACCGAAGCCAUUAAGUUGAACCCGCAGGAACACAGGUUCUUUGGGAAUCGCUCCUUCUGCUACGAGAAGCUGCAGCGCCACCUGGAGGCCCUGUGUGAUGCACAGCGUGCGCUCAGGCUGCAGCCAGGCUGGCCCAAAGGCCUCUUUCGCCAGGGCAAGGCUCUCGUGGGCCUCAAGCGAUACACGGAUGCCGCAAGGACGUUCCAGGAGCUCCUGCAGUUGGACGACUUCCGUGGCGAUGCAGCUGUCCAGCUGCAGAAGUGCCAGAUUCAGUAUUUACUGGAGAACCGACUGGGCUGCUCCCAUCCCGACUGGAACGUUCCCCCUCCGGAAGCCCGGCUGCCUCCGUCUGGAGAGCGGCCAGGGGGGCAGCGUUGCCCAGGCAGCAGCGCCCAGGCUGUUGCCACCACCUUGCUGGCACCUUCAGCUGCAAAGGCCCCAGUCAGGGAAUGGUUUACCGUGUGGGUGGGGAACCUCACAGCCAAGGUCACUCAGCAAGUUCUACUGCGGUACUUUCAGCCGUUUGGACCCAUUGAUUCAAUCCGACGACUCCCUCGGAAGUUCUGUGCCUUCAUCAACUACACCUGCAGAGAGGCCGCUGAGGCCGCCUACGCAGCGUUGCAGGGGGCUGAAGUGGAAGGAUGCAAGCUCGUCCUGCAGCUGAAGCACCCUGCACACGCCACUGCUCCCCCCUCCAAGGCAGCCCCCAGCAAUUGCCUCUCUUCCUGGGCCUGAUGACUUCAAGAGGCAGAGAGAAACAGACGGAUAUUGAGGCUUGCCACAGACACUCCUUGGGGCCCAGCAGGUGGAUGUGCUGUACCCGCAGUGUGGUCUGCCUAGAAGGAGGCGGCGGUGGACAGGGAAGGCUCUCAAAGGGAACCCCCAGAGUGACCCCACGGAGCAAGGCCGCCCCUUUUCCCCCUGGAGACUGCCUUGGCCCAGUCUGCUUUCAUGGCUGUUCCUGGUCUGGCCCCCUCCUAGCAGGAGGAGCUGCCUGGUCCUCAGCGGAGGACCCAGGCAAAGGUGCUGCUUGCUCUCGGAGGGUCACUGUGGAGCUGCUGAUGGGGAGAAGGUGCAGCUCUACACCUUGGGACAUGCUGGAUUUGUGGGCCGCCCUUUCCUCCCCCCACCAUCUGAGCAGGUCCAGAUGUGGACAAAGGGGAAGGGGAGACGGUAGUGACUGCCCCCCCAUCAAGCAGUACUUCUGCUAGAUGCUGUGUUGGGAGGGAGCUUUCCUCCUGUUGCACCCCAGUUCUGGGCCUUGGGGGGCUUCUUCCCCACACUCACCUCCAAGAGGACUUCUCUUGGGCUUUCACUGCAGAAAGCAAAAGGCAGUGCCCCUUUUGCCUGCCUGCCUGGCCCCGCUCCUCUCAGCCUGCUUAGGACUGAGGUUGAUCGCCUUAUUUUUACAUGGUUCACAAUAAAUGUAUGAAAAAGCGU